AUGGAGAUUGCACGACAACAGGCAGACUUGGGGAGCAGGGACCCACUGAUCCCCCACGCCGGAAGCGACUACAAUGGACUGUUCGAGGAGCUCCGUAAGGCUGGAGCCACCAAGUCGGGGGCUAUCAAGAAGUGCAAGGAGAUCACGCGCGAAUCCGAGAGGAUGCUGCGCAAGUUUGGGCAGCAGGACUUUGUCGUUGGCAAGAAGAAGAAAGUCCAAGUGACAGUGAUGGAGGAUGGUAUGCGCCAGCUUACGUACGGCCGCUCGACCGUGAAGCUUAGUGCGAACCAUUUUACCAAGUUGCGUGAAAUGUUCGCAAAGAAACAAGGAUUGGGCGGUGACGGGUCGAAUAUGGCACCAAAGGACCAACAACAGCUAGAGUGCGCGCUGUUCUGUUUGCUGCUACGAUAUGAAUCGCUGGAUGGCGGAGGUUUCCAGGCUGCACUGAACGAGGAGUGCUUCGAUGUGCUGCUGAAAGAAUUCGACUGCAAAAUGGAGUGCUUCGCGUCACCGCUGAACUGCCGCUACUCGCGCUUUUGUAGCGCUUUUCUUGACACAGACUUUGCGUUUGGGAGCGUGGGCAGCUUUUUCGACUUUUCUCCUCGUUCAGGCUGCUUUGAAGCCAAUCCGCCAUUUAUCCCUAAGGUUAUUAAGCGAAUGGCUGAUCACAUGACUGCGCUUCUUAAUGCUGCUGACGGGCCUCUGGCAUUUAUCGUUAUCAUCCCUGCGUGGCAAGAGACUGAGGGCUGGCAACAACUAAACGCGAGUCGGUUCAACCAAAGGCAUCUCCUCAUCCCGCAGAAGCAGCACGGCUACUGUGAGGGCAAGCAACAGAUCCGGAAGACUCGCUGGCGCAUCGCAUCGUUCGACACAAGUGUGUUUUUCUGGCAGAACUCUAAGGCGUGCAACAAGUGGCCUGUGACAGAGAAGAAGCUCGAGGGCCUCAAGCAGGCUUUUAGAUCGAAGCAGGCUGACGAGCGCGACACGCUCGGUCUACGCAAAUCGGGCAAGCGUAUACGAUCGGCAAAAGACUAGCGAAACUGUACGGUACUUGAUUGAGUAGAUGUUGCUCUUGACUUUGUCACUGAUUGCAACCAUACGAAGUACUACCUAAACUGGAAAAGAAGGUGUAGUUAGCCUGGCU